GCCCCGAUGCUGAUCACUUUCUUUGGUUCUGCUUCUCUCUUCCCUUUCUUCCUAGUUUCUUGUCCUGUCCUCACUUGUUUUUUGGACUGAAUGAUCUUUCAAUUACACCUCCUUCCAACAAGGGGUGAAUACCAGGGCUCCAAGGUCCUUAGCUUCUCAUUCUGCGUAGCAGCUUGAGGGGCUCGACACCGAACUUCACUCCACGAGAAGUUGAUACCGAACCGAACACGACUGGGGCGCCCGUCACCCAAAAGGACGGAACCCAGACACCCGAUGCGCAUCUCAGAAUAAGAAGAAACACCAGGGCAUCGAAUUUGCUCAAUGUUGAUCUGGCCCGAGCUAGAAAAGGAAGACAUGGACGUGUCUUCCAAUGAGACCACCGGGGAAGGAUCCGGGUCGACGCAGAUGCAGGCACUCUCGCACGAGAGCCUCGCCAACAUGAUGCUCGGCGUCAUCAUUGCGGUGCUCAUCGUCACGACUGUGUUUGUUGGACUGCGGAUCUACGUGAGGGCGCGGGUUGUCAAGCAAUGGGGUGCCGAUGACACGAUGGUUACGCUUUCGUUUGCUACGGUGGCCUUUCAUGGGGUCAUGCUAUGUAUGGGUACGAGAUUCGGACUCGGAAAGCAUGUGUGGAUGACGCAAGCGCAGACAAUCGAGAAAGCUCAAAAGCUUGCCAUGUUCAUCAUCAUGAUCUACAACAUCGCCUUCGUCACCAUUAAGAUCGCCUUCCUCCUCCAAUACCGCCGAAGCUUUCCCCUUCCCAUGGUAGAAAUGCUAUGUAACGGCGGCAUUGCGUUCCUCGUGUUAUUUGGCGUAUCCCUGAUGGUCUCGGCGGGCGUCACGUAUAGUGUCAUACUCAAACGCGAUGUGGCGGAUUCGUCCGUCAGUGUGCUGGGAUGGUGGCUUGCCAACGCGGCGAUACAUUUGCUCACGAACAUCUUCAUCUUUGUUCUGCCGCUACCGCUGCUCGGAAGGCUGAGGCUUCGGCGAGGACAGAAGCUUGCUCUCGCCAUCGGCUUCGCUCUGGGAUUAUUAACAUGUGCUGUAUCCGUGAUUCGGAUCGCAUAUCUUCCCGGGUCUUUUGAUAUGGUUGACAUGACGUACGACGGAAUUUCUAUCAUCCUCUGGUCUGUCGUGGAACUAUCGUGCGCGGUCAUUUGCUGCUGCAUACCGACCCUUCGACCGCUCGUAGAGCGACAACAACAAGAUCUCGGUGACGAUUAUGACGACGCUACCAUAUUUGGCGGAGGGGAUGUCUUCAGAGAAGACAUGAGUUUUGGCGCGGGCCCGCAACGCGUUCGACCGGGAGGAAUCGGACUCAACAACGAGAGGAUGUCUUCCUCCAUAAGCUGCGCCUCAGAAACGGGCAUGAGAAAACCCGGCCCGACCUUUUUCUGGCUACGUUCGCGGAAACAGAGCGACCACUCGAGCAUCAACGGGCUCGACGAGAUUGAGCCGAUGCCACCCGCGAUGCCCAUGAUGGCGGCGACGGCAGCGGCGAUGCCUGUGGUGGAGGUGAAUGGGAUUCGAAGGGAGAGCGAGCACGGCAUCAUCGUCGUCGAGAGUGAGCGCGUCGAUGGGGUGAACCGUGAGCGUGGAAUCCCGCGACGAGAAAGCGUGAGGAGCAGUCUGCGGAGUGACAACAGUCUCGGGGUGGCGCUGCGUAGAGAUUUGAGUGUGAGGAGGCAAAUGAGCAUAGCGAUGACGGAACGGGAUUCGGAUGAUGAUGUGUACUAUUUUGGUGUUAAUGAGGAGGAUGUGGACUUGGAGUGUCCGACGCCGCUUAGUCCGCCGCCCAAAUGUCGAAAGUCGACCAGUUCUUGAGGGGGUUGACGGAUGUCUGUUUAGACUUGUAAAACAUACUGUACGGCGUUAAGGUGGUCUGGUUCGCGUUUUAAUGAUGGCGACCUAGGAGUU